CGAUAUAUCAAAGUAGUAGGUCAGAGGUUGGAGGGUGGAAUUCCAUGGGGGGGAUCCUUGAUACUCGGUAGAUGCACGUCGCUACCAGAGUCAACGCAUCUAAUAAUGUCCGCUGCACAACUUCGUAUGCAUGAGCAGCAUGACUAUGCGUGCUAAGGCUGGAGGGGGCCGAAUCCCGAUACACGUAGCGCGCUUUUUGUUUUCUCUCGUGAGAUGUUGGGUUGCACGCCGGCAGACGAAGCAGUGCUUGAACAUCACCACAUUGUUCUUAGCGUACACCCAAGGACGGCGCUUCAACGUAGGGCCAACUAGGGUCACUACUGGCAAUGCAGGCGACUCUUGGCAUCCGACCAUCCGAGCUUCCCAGUACCCGCCCCGAUGCAAUCUCCACAGGCAUGUGAAUGCGCUAUCUGGCUGUUUUCGGCUACAGGUCCCCAAAGAGCAAAAGCACUGCCGCAGAUCACACCCUUCGAUCCCUGGGAUGGACUCGAACAGCAGAGCGCUAGGCCAAUGUACCUCCCACGCUCUCGACGUUACUGUUUCUCUUGUUGUUGCAGAACUCGGCCUUUGCUAUGUUGAGAAUGUGCUUGUACGUUCGACUGGCUGCAGUGAUAACACUACCUGUACUUAGGGAGUGAUGACCAGCGCCCCGACCGAUGUCCGAGGUAGCUACUGGUAAGACGCGAGGAACGAACGACAAAUAGGCUCAUCUCCGUCCCGCGGUCCAACAACCACGCGAUGUCGACCAGGGGGGGAGGCGGGUUUGCCCUCACACAAGCAAUGCGAUCGCGGCCCUACGCCUACUACAUACAUGUACACAAACGCACAAUCACUCUAUUUCGAUGAGACAUUGUCAUCAGCGUCAUCGACAUCAUCGACAUCAUCGACAUCGACAUUGGCGUCGUCAUCUUCCUCUUUUGUAAAAUGCCGCCGCUGCUGAGCAGAUGCGCCCUACGCCGGAGAUUCGACAUUACGAUCCAUUCAAUCUCCCUCCGCUGUCAGGAGCCAAGGCAAGGUACGAUCAGCCAACAUAUCUUCUCGGUCAGAAAAGAACAGAGCUUCUCACGUCGAAAUGGAACGAGUUGGUGUAACCAAGAAAGCAGUCUGGGUAUAGCACAAUGCAGUGUAGUAGGUAGGACUUUCCACUAGAUUCUUCCACAUGAAAGAAUAGUGGAUCCCUAUUGACUAACUAACCUAACUCAACUAUCUAUCUAACUACCUUACCUAACUAGUUAGAUUACCCGAUUGAAUA